ACAUCAAUUUGUUUAAAACCAAUCUCCCCAAACGCGUUAUUUCCCUCAUUGUUCUAGAAUACGUUAUUAUUUGUAUAUUUUAAGAUAUUAUUAAAAUGUUUGGAUUAAUAAUUUCAGGCCGUUUGCCACAGACUAAUUUCACACCCGUGGAUGAAAAUAAGGUAGUAAUCAAUGUGUCAGACAUUGACCAUGUAAAUUAUAUUGUAGUUUUUUUAACUGGAGUAACAGCACUUCCCGAGACAACAGCGGCAGCAGUUUACUUUAGCUGGCCCGACUCUAAUUCAGCCCCUACCUGGCAGUACUUGGGACACAUUUCAAACGCUAAGCCCUCGGCAAUUUUUAAGAUUUCACAGCUAAAGAAAAGUCAUGAGUUAGAAGCGGAAGAACAUGGCAUGAUAUUUGGAGCGCAAGAGAUUUCUCAUACAGCGCAAAUUGGCAUUUCUGUUGAGCAGGAACUUACUGUUGCUCAAUUAACACCUGCUGUGCAAAACGCUAAUGCAAAUCUUCAGUUUAGUCAAAAAAUGCUAGAAAGCUUCUUCAAUUAUGCAUCCAGUUUUGGAUUAACUCCACAGCAAAUCCCUCCGCUCAGUACCGAAACAUUUGUGCCACUUUCAACCUUGCAAAACUGGUAUACGAACUUUCAGCGGCGUAUGGCUCAAAACCCAAAUUUCUGGAAAUACUAAGUACGCUUACACAUACUUAUGCUGACUAGCUGCUAAUUCUUAUUCGUCAUGCGUCAAGCAGCAUUAACUACAAAAUUAUAGAAAACCCAAAAACAUUAAAUAUAUCAGUAAACUUAA